AUGUCGCAGAUCCCCGGAACCAACACCACCACCGCCGACGUCCAGAAGGACGCUCAGAAGCUCGGCCAGGACCUCUCCAACAAGGCUUCCCAGGCCGCCAACGAUGCCUCCAACACCGCUUCCCAGGUCGCCAACGAUGCCUCCAAGUCGGCCCAGGGCGCCGCGCAGCAGGCUCGCGAGGGCGGCGAGACCCUGAUCCAGCAGGCCACCGAGCUCGCUAGCAACACCAUCGCCUACGUCCAGCAGCAGGCCGGCGCGCUCCUCGGCCAGGGCCAGACGCACGCCGAGAACGCUUCUGACAAGACCAAGGCGGCUGCCAACGACGCCGCCGACCAGGCCAAGAAAACGACCGACUCGGCUGCCAAGCAGGGCGAGCACGACGCCCAGAAGGCGCAGCAGUCGCUCGCCGAGCUCACCAACCAGGCGCGCGACCUCGCCGGCAACGCCCUCGACUCGGCCAACCAGUACAUCAAGCCCGCCGAGGACAACGCCGGCGGCCUCGUCAACCAGGCGCGCAACACGGCCGCCAACCUCGUCGACAACGCCGCCCAGCUCAUCGCCGCGGGCCAGCAAAAGGCCGGCGAGGUGGCCGACCAGGCUGCCGCCCACGCCGGCAACGCCCAGAACGAGGCCAGCAAGCAGUUCCAGCAGGGUUCCGCCACCGCCCAGCAGGCCGGCAAGGACGCCCAGCAGGCCGCCUCCAACGCCGCCGCCCAGGCAAAGGGCACCGUCGAGGGCCUCACCAAGUAG